UUUGUAGUCAUAGUCACCCGGAAACGCUAUUGCAGCUCGAUUCUUUUGAGGGUCGGCGUCUGGACACGCAUAAAGCAAUACUCGCGGCUUUUUACGAUUUAAACCAAGACAUUUGUCAAAUAAACCCGUUAAGAGAUGUUUUAUCACAUCUCUUUGGAGCAUGAGAUUCUCCUCCAUCCAAGGUACUUUGGACCUAACCUUUUGAACACAGUCAAGCAGAAACUGUUCACUGAGGUGGAGGGAACAUGUACAGGAAAGUAUGGCUUUGUUAUUGCAGUAACCACAAUCGAUAAUAUUGGAGCAGGUGUAAUACAGCCCGGCAGAGGUUUUGUGCUGUAUCCCGUCAAAUACAAAGCCAUCGUAUUCCGUCCCUUCAAGGGAGAAGUUGUGGAUGCUGUUGUCACUCAGGUUAACAAAGUUGGACUCUUUACAGAAAUUGGCCCCAUGUCUUGUUUCAUUUCUCGUCAUUCUAUUCCCUCUGAGAUGGAGUUUGACCCAAACUCAAAUCCGCCAUGCUAUAAGACAGUCGAUGAGGACAUUGUGAUCCAACAAGAUGAUGAAAUUCGACUGAAGAUUGUGGGAACUCGAGUGGAUAAGAAUGAUAUUUUUGCCAUUGGAUCUCUUAUGGAUGACUACCUGGGUCUUGUGAGCUGAUUCUUCUAUCAAGAAUAUGGGAAAUAUGAAACUUGAUGCUGUGAGGAUGUUACGUAGUUUAUGUAUAUACUGUAAUUAUUUCCCUAUUCAUUUGAUGUUUUUUUUAUUGUCUCCUUUUAUCCCCAUGUUGGUAUAUCUAUAGUUUUCCUAUGGCAACAGUUUGAUUUGUGAAACAUCAAGUCGAAUGGGAACAAAAUGUUGCAGUUGCAUGAUGGAAAGACUGAACUGUUUCAUUUAUACUGAGGCAGCAGAGAAAAGAAAAUAUAUAUAGUAAGGCUCUUCGGCUGUUGAAUGAUCCUGUAAGCAAAACCGGUCAACAAGCACGUUUUGGAAGGAUAAAUGAAUAAUUUAUCACAUUGCUUUUAGAAGUUAUUCAAUUUCAUUAUUAUAUAAGCUCAUUUUUAAAAAUAUUUUUGUAAAUGCCAACCAGCCUGUAGUUGAAUAUAUUUCUCUUUUGUAAUACAGCACUCAUAAAGCCAUUUUGAACAUGU